AUGUCUAUCCUCGUCCCACACUCCAUCGUGGCCGGAAAGUUCUCUCCAGCAAACGCCCAUCUGCCUCGACUGUUUUCUCUGCUCCAGCAUGCUUGGAACCUGACUGCAUCUUCGCUCUCCAAAUGCCCCUUUGUCUUCGACACUGGCUACGCGUUAUGCCCGAAACGCCCGUCGCGCCCGUUCCCUCCUCCCUUCGUCUCGCCCCCGUCUUCGUCGUUUUCGGAUCCUUUGACAACGCAUCAUCGGAGUCAAGAUGCGAGACCGUCGGUCAACGGAGAGCUUGUCAGGGGGCUGACGAAUGGCGAUGAUGCUGUCCUCGUUUCUCAACAUUUCCUUGGGGUAAACGAUGGAGUCGGAGCUUGGGCAACAAAACCUCAUGGUCAUGCUGCAUUGAUCCUUCACUUCUGGGCUCUGGAGGUUGAACGCAACGUCAAUUCAAUCGACCCAGAUCCCGUGGAAUUCCUACAGCGAGCAUAUGAGCAAACUGUACUGGCUACCUCGUCGCCCAACGAAUGGCUGGGAACCACCACCAGCGCCACCGCUCUUCUACAUUAUCAUAAUGAUGGGUGCUCGGUGAAGCCGCUACUUUAUGUUACGAACAUCGGAGAUUGUCAAAUCCUGGUACUUCGACCUAAAGAAGGGAAGGUCGUUUUCAAAACUCAGGGGCAGUGGCAUUGGUUUGACUGCCCUAUGCAACUUGGUACCAACAGCGUAGACAAACCCCGGAAUGACGCCGCAUUGUCUGUCGUCGAGCUCCAAGAGGACGAUAUCGUUGUCGCCCUAUCCGACGGAGUUACUGAUAACCUCUGGGAGCAAGACGUCUUGGAUGUAAUACUGCGAAGCUUGUGCAAAUGGGAAACCGGCAAAGUAGAAGACAGCGUAGGGGAUCGUACCGCUGGCAGGGGUGGCGGAAUGGUGUACAUUGCCCAGCAACUGCUGCAAACAGCAAAGACCAUCGCACAGGAUCCCUCGGCGCAAACGCCAUACAUGGAGAAGGCCAUUGGCGCGGGAUUGGCUAUCUCAGGAGGCAAAAUGGAUGAUAUUAGUGUUGUGGUUGGCCUCUGUGAGAAAAAAGCAACAUGA